AAUGGGUGCCAACACGUCGUCCUGUACUCCGCUGGAGUCCCGCGAGGUUCCGGGGUCCGACCUCGGAGACAUACCGGAGAGCUGCAUAGCUCAAGUCCUGACCCGGUUCGACGCGCCGGAGAUCUGCCGGCUGGCCCGCCUCAACCACGCCUUCCGCCGCGCCUCCGCCGCCGAUUUCAUCUGGCUCACCAAACUACCCCACAAUUACCGCUACAUCGUCGACAAAUUGGGCGACGACCGGAUUGGCAUUUUGAGGAUGAAGGAUUUGUACGCCAGGCUCUGCCGUCCCAGCCCCUUCGACGGCGGCACCAAGCAGAUUUGGCUGGAUAAGAGUACAGGUGGAGUUUGCGUGUCGAUUUCUUCCAAGGCUUUGACGAUUACGGGGAUCGAUGAUCGGAGAUACUGGAAUCACAUUCCGACCGACGAAUCUAGAUUCCAGACGGUAGCCUAUCUCCAACAAAUCUGGUGGCUUGAAGUAGUUGGAGAGUUGGAUUUCCAGUUUCCUGCGGGGACUUACAGUCUGUUCUUUAGACUUCACCUUGGAAAGGCAACCAAGAGGUUGGGCCGUCGGGUUCAUAAUCCGGAACACAUCCAUGGCUGGGACAUAAAACCCGUAAAAUUCCAGCUCACAACAUCGGAUGGACAACAUAGCGUAUCCCAGUGUUUUCUGGUUAAUCCAGGGAACUGGGCUCAUUACCGUGCAGGCAAUUUUGUCAUUGAGCAGCCCGAUGAAUCGACAAAGAUCAAAUUUUCUAUGACGCAGAUCGACUGCACUCAUACUAAAGGUGGUCUCUGCUUAGAUUCUGUUCUUAUAUGCCCAAAUAGCUUAGGAAAAAAGCUUACAUCUUCAUAGUCAGUAGUGAGAACUGUAAAGCAUCCUAGUCUGCAACCCCUUAAAUGCAUCGAAGCCUCCAGAGCAUAUACUUCGGAAUGCAUGUUAGCUUUGCUGCGUCCAUUACAUUUGGUUAGGUUGGUACUGCAGAGUUCUAAUCGUGUGAAGCGAUCUGUAAUUUUUUUCCCGGUCCUCUUGUAUCUUUUUUCGUUCCACACGUAUGUUUUGCUACGAGAGGCACUUCCUGUACAUAUUUCCGAAAUGAUGCAAUUUGGUUUUUGAUCUAUAAAACACUACCCUGUGGUGGAUGUUACAUUUCUCAAACUUCCUUAUACUCAAUCGUCUGAGUUGUCUCCCUAUCGACUUUGGAUCUUUGAACCCUUAAGGGUUUUCUGCACAAAUGAUUUAGGCCUGUAGUGAAAGUUCCCUGUUUUUGCCAUAUGUUCUAUCUAUGCCUAUGUGUUGUACGGUGUGUGUGUGUGUAAAGUAUGCUCAUAUCUUGCUCAAGCCAACCCUUGCUUGGGGGCCCA